ACCUGCGCCCGCUCGGCUGAAAUCUGGGACUGCUUCGUGGUGCGAGUCCGGGCUUCCUCCUCCUCUCCUCUUGGGUUUCUCUCUUUCUCUCUCUCCCUUACUGCAUUUUGUGCCAGAGAAGAAGGGGGGCAGAGGAUGGGGGGCAGGAGGAGAAGAAAAAUUCGAUUUUAAUUACUACCAUUAAAAAAUCUAAAUAUGCAAUUUCUUUGGGUGGUCUGAUCCAUUUUCUGAUUGACAGCUGGAAUUGACACCCUCCAUACCUCUUAUCUCGGGCAUUUACGACAAUUUCUAAUUGCAGGUGAUGGCUCAGCCAGGGCCCGGCUGUAAAGCCAGCUCCCGCUGCCUGGAGGGAACCGCGCCGCCCAGCAUGGCUCAAUCGGACGGAGAUGCUCUGCCCGGGGGCCUAGACAAGGACGAGGGACGCUCUUCUCCCUGCACGCCCAGCACUCCUUCAGUCUGCUCACCUCCCUCCGCCUCCUCCUCGGUGCCAUCCGCAGGCAAAAACAUCUGUUCCAGCUGCGGCCUCGAGAUUCUCGACCGCUACCUGCUCAAGGUCAACAACUUGAUCUGGCACGUGCGAUGCCUGGAAUGUUCUGUCUGUCGCACGUCACUUCGGCAGCAGAACAGCUGCUACAUUAAGAACAAGGAAAUCUUCUGCAAAAUGGACUAUUUCAGCCGGUUCGGUACCAAGUGUGCCCGGUGUGGCCGCCAGAUCUUUGCCAGUGACUGGGUGCGACGGGCACGGGGCAAUGCUUACCACCUGGCCUGUUUUGCCUGCUUCUCCUGCAAGCGGCAGCUCUCCACAGGCGAGGAGUUCGGGCUGGUGGAGGAGAAGGUGUUGUGCCGCAUCCAUUACGACACUAUGAUCGAGAACCUCAAGAGAGCAGCUGAGAACGGCAAUGGAAUCACAUUGGAAGGGGCUGUGCCAUCAGAACAGGACAGUCAGCCAAAGCCAGCCAAGCGGGCACGGACAUCCUUCACAGCGGAGCAGCUGCAGGUAAUGCAGGCCCAGUUUGCCCAGGACAACAAUCCUGAUGCACAGACACUUCAGAAGCUGGCAGACAUGACGGGCCUUAGUCGUCGAGUUAUCCAGGUCUGGUUUCAAAACUGCCGAGCCCGCCAUAAAAAGCACACGCCUCAGCACACAGUGCCCCCCGCUGGAGCACCACAGUCACGUCUCUCCUCGUCCCUGUCUGAGGACAUCCACUAUUCCCCCUUCAGCAGCCCCGAGCGAGCCCGCAUGGUCACCCUGCACGGAUAUAUAGAGAGUCAGGUACAAUGUGGGCAGGUGCACUGUCGGCUUCCUUACACUGCCCCACCAGUUCACCUCAAAGCCGACAUGGAUGGACCACUCUCUAAUAGGGGUGAGAAGGUCAUCCUUUUUCAGUACUGACUACGCAGACUCUACCACAUCUGUCUAUGGUGAUUCCACAGCUGCCCCUCAGUCACUGAAAUCCUGUGUGUCUGCCCCCUAUGACUAGUGGCUUCUGCCUCAGCCUUUCCAUUCAUUCCCAUGAACCACCAGCCAGUUCCAGGUCCCCACUCAGCCACCCGGGGCCUUUCCUCCCCUCCUGCUGAAAGCAGGCCCGGGGUUAUGCAGACCAAGGCCAGCCAGCAUGGAUCCCCAGAGCUACCGGGAACACUCCUGAGGCCACUUCUUGGAAGGCAAAACUCCCCAAAAUUUGGAAACAGGGUGAAAAAAACUUUUAUUUUUAUUGAAACUGGAGUAAUUUUCAACUCGAAUGAAUUAGAAUUAAGAAAGAAUGAAAUGGUCAGGACAGUAACAAUAUCCAAUUUAUUUUUUUUUAAUAUUGGCCUUUGUUAUCCAUUUCCUUAAGACCAUCUAUGAAUUCUGAAUAGUUGACAACCCCAAAUGUUAUCCACUCAGUUGCUUUUGUUUGAGAAACUAUACAGUUUUUUUGUGGGGAAUUCCCAAAAGAAAACUGUGUUCUAAUUUUAUCAUUUCCAUCUGUCUGGUCAUGUCAAGUUAAUUCAGAGAACAAAGUGAGACUCACCAGCUCUGAGAGCCACGUAGGAUGCAAACGAAGAGUUUACCCAGUCAGAAGAAAAGGUGGCCCCACACCGGGCAUUAUGUCUAUGGGAGUCUUGGAACCUUUAAGUCAGUGGAUAUAUAUCUGACUGCCAGUUUCCAGAAUGUCAAUGUUCCUCUUUUCUCCAGGUUACUGCAAGGUCUAGCUAGGGAAAAAAAACCUUGGCAAACCAAGCAGAGAAACCUAACCAUCCACUCCAACCCCAUCCCAAGGACCAACUGAUUGAUAUAAGUCACAGAAUCUUAGAAUCUGUUGGAAGAGACAUUAGGGAUCAUCUCAUCUAAUCCCCAUGGAAAGCAUGCAUCCUUUCCCUGCUAAGUAGCCCUUCAGCCUCUGCUUGAACACCUCCAAUGACAGGGAACUAAUUUUUGAAAGAAAAUAAAUAGAAACAAGAUGUAAAUUGAGAGGGAAAAAAACCUGAUUAGUCCUUCAAGUUAUACAACUUGUAUACAGAGCACAGAGCAAAAAUGUUAUUUUAUUGGAAUGAUUGCAUCUUUUUUAACUCUUUCAGCAGAUGGGUACAAUAGGGGGCAAACACCUCUAAAUAAUUGCUUUGGAUGGGAUCAGCACAGAGCACUUGCAGUAGCGGGAUAAGAACAACACUGUGAAAUUCAGCCAAUUUAGAGGUUGAACCCUGUAGCAGUCCUGAGCCCAGGUACUUCAGAGCAAUUUCUGGGGGCGGGGGCUGAAUUUAAUGGACAUGAAUGGGACUACAAUGUCUGUUCCCUUCCCAAAAAAGUACAAAAGAUCUAAUAGAAUCCCAUGGCAUAUGUGUCCUAAAGAAAAUAGCCAAUGGCAGGACAAAGUGAUAUUUCUGAUGAUGAGCCUCAUUCUAAGCCUGUCCUGGGAGCUUUCUGUUAGGAAGAUAAGGAACUAGGUGGUCAGCAUUAUAGGACAACCCCAAACUAACAAUGGAACAGUGUCAGUGAUUCUCCUUACUGUUCCAGAGGGAAGGAAAUGCUAAAAUUGCCCUUCGGCUACGCUCUGGAAGAUGUUCAGGCUAUUUAAAUAGGACAACAAGGGUCUACUUGCACCCCUAUCCCCUCUUCAUCUAGGCAAUUGUUUUAUCUUGUGACUAAUGUAACCAGUGAAUGGGGUAGGAAGGAGUUUAGAUCAAGAUUGAGGAAGGAGACUUCUUGAAACAGUGACUGACCUUCCACAGUAGGCAUUAUCGACUCUCUGAGGUUCUUACCAGCUCACCCCCUCCAGGAGAAGCGGGUGGGCUUAGUAGCACAAAGCAAGACCUGCUCUUUAACUGGCAAGCUGCUACCAUGUGAGAAAACCACUGAAGCAAUCUGAAUAUUGUGAUCACCCAUGUCUUUGACAUAGGCUUUUGACAUCUGCCUUAGGGAUAGUGUCUGCACAUAUCCCCAGAGAGGCCUACUGCUUUGCCCCAUGCCUGCUCUAGAGCCCAUUCCUCAGUGGAGCAGGCAAAAAGUCCUUCUCUGGAAGUAUAUUCUUUUGCAUCCAUUAAGCCCCAGAUUUUCACCAAAAGUUCAGCUUCUAUAUGACUUUAAAACAACAGUGAUUAUACAUAUGGAAAAAUACCUGACUGUGCCAAGAAUUUGACUUUCUCUGUCAAUUAUCUAAAUACUUCAAAAAUCAUCUGAUUAAUUUCUCAUUUGUAGUCACCACUAAUCAAACUUUAUCUCAGGUCAUUCCAUUUAGCUUUCAUCACAGGUAACUCUGUUUACUGCACAUAUGUUAGAAUGAGCCAUGGAAGGCAAGAGUCUUUCAUGAUUCAGGAUUAAAGUGUGCCUGAGUGCUAUUUACAGAAACAGCAAGGGUAAAGUAGGACAAAAUUUGGUGUGGCAGGAAGGGUCCUAUACAGAGUUUGGAGACCUCGGACAAGUCCCCUCCCCGUGGGUCUCUACUUCCUAAUCUGCAAAAUUAAAGUGGUCAAGUUCUACGACAUCUUAAGAUCCUUUCCAACUCUUCUUUGUCCUAAGGUUCCUUUAGCUCCAACAUUCUAUGUUCUAUUUUUAACAUUUUACAGUCCUUUUCGGCUAUAUAGUCUAUGUUUCAUGUUCUAACAUUCUGUGUUCUAAGAUCCCUUCCAUCUCUAAAAUUCUAUACUCCUAAGGUCCCUCUCGAUCUAACAUUCUGUGUUCUAAGGCCCUAGCUCUAAGUUGCAAUGAUUUUCUAAAACAGGGAAGGGGAUGAAAUGAGGAGGGGGGCACCAUGAGAAGAUCUCUCAAUCAUAAACACUAUUUAACCUUAACAGCUGGUCUCAGAUCUCAGAGAAGGGAGUGGUUUCAGAAUUGCUUACCAAAAUCUUUCCAGUGAUUUCUUUGUUUAUUAUGGUUAAGCCCUCCAACCCCAACUUGGAGGAAAGAUCAACGGGUGAACCCUAUACAAGAGUCACCAUAGACACAAGUUCGACUUGAGACUUUGUCCCAGAGUUGUAUUCCUUAGGUGGCUCAUGUGGUCCCAGCAUGCUGCAGAUCCAACAGAUCUCCACUACUAUGGUUAGAGCAGCCUUGGACAUAGCAGGCAGUCAAAACUAAUAUUUAUUUAAAUACAAAACAAAAGGGAAAACGGAAGAAAAACAAAAACAUAAAAAAAUUUAAAAAAAAUUGUAAGCACUUUUUUGUAAAACCAAUGUCUGUUUUGUUACAUACUUUUAAUGUUGUGUGCUUUGUAAAUGUCUUAUUUGUGUAAUAAAUAAAGUUAAUGCAAAUAGAAGU